AUGGAUCUCAAGGACGGCGAGAGGAGGGGGGUGGCGGGGCCGGGCCCGCUGUCGAGGCAGGGGUCGAUCUACUCGCUCACGUUCGACGAAUUCCAGAACACGCUCGGCGGGAUGGGGGGAGGGCUCGGCAAGGAGUUCGGCUCCAUGAACAUGGACGAGCUGCUGCGGAGCAUCUGGACGGCCGAGGAGAGCCAGGCCAUAGCAUCGGCCUCGGCCUCGGCGUCCGCGGCGGGGGCGGGGGCGGGGGCGGCCGGCGACGGCGGGGCGGCGCUGCAGAGGCAGGGGUCUCUCACCCUGCCGCGCACGCUCAGCGUCAAGACGGUGGACGAAAUCUGGCGGGACUUCGUGCGAGAGGGGCCGCCGGGGACGGCGGCUGGCGGCGCGGAGCCGCAGCCCAACCGACAGCCGACCCUCGGGGAGAUGACGCUGGAGGAGUUCCUGGUCAGGGCCGGGGUCGUCCGUGACAACCCUGCCGCGGCAGCUGCUGCUGCUGUCCCCGCGCAGCCGGUUGCUCCGCGGCCGAUUCAGGCGGUAAAUAAUGGCGCCUCCAUCUUCUUCGGCAACUUUGGGGGCGCCAAUGACGCCGGGGCUGGAGCGAUGGGGUUUGCGCCGGUGGGGAUCGGGGAUCAGGCCAUGGGUAACGGGCUGAUGCCUGGGGUGGCUGGGAUGGCAGGUGGUGCGGUCACUGUGAAUCCGGUGGAUACGUCGGUGGCCCAGCUGGAUUCUAUGGGCAAGGGGAAUGGGGAUCUGUCAUCGCUGAUGGCUCCAGUGCCAUACCCCUUUGAGGGAGUGAUAAGGGGAAGGAGGAGCGGUGCGGGUGUGGAGAAGGUCGUGGAGCGGCGGCAGAGGAGGAUGAUCAAGAACAGGGAGUCUGCAGCUAGAUCCCGUGCCCGUAAGCAGGCUUAUACAAUGGAGUUGGAAGCUGAAGUUCAGAAACUGAAGGAACAAAACGCAGAGUUGCAGAAGAAGCAGGAAGAAAUAAUGGAGAUGCAGAAAAACCAGGUAGAUUUUUGUGUUAAACUUCCAUUAUUGAUGUUCCUUUUUCAUGGCACACUAAAGAUGGAUGCAUUCCUGUUUUGA